AAAUGAAACUAUAAAAGAACACUUCAAUGAUAUUUCCGUACAGAUACAAGCAAAGCUGACUCAAAUUGGUCCUGUUGUUGAGAAAUGUAGCGAGGACGUAGAGGAUUUGAAAGCAGUGAUGCAGCAAAUCCGAGAGCAACUGGGAAGUAUUACGACAAAAGUGACAAGAAUAGAACAGAUUAGCACAUGGUAUCAAGCGCGGAAUUACUAUUACUACAAACUAUUUCACGAUCUGGCCACUUACGCAGAGGCAAAGGCAAAUUGUAAGAGAUACGGAGGCAAUCUGGCAUCGGCGGGAAUUCGAGAUGAAAAUAUUCGCAGAGAAAUCUUACCCUUGGUCAAAUCUGGAGGAUACAAAACUUGGAUUGGUUUGAACGACAUUCAAGAAGAAAAUACGUUUAUCUGGGAGGAUGGUGUAACGGCAACUGCAGGUUCUACUCCAUGGCAUGAGGGUGAACCAAAUAACUUCGACGGUAAUGAAGAUUGUGUCGAAGUGGUGCGUCGCUCUAAUUGGGAGCUGAACGAUAACAUCUGUACCCACCAAUAUAAAUAUUUAUGCGAGAUUGAACCAUAAUUUCACAGUUACGAAAAGCCAAAGACUGAUAAUGCCAGAUCAAUGAUAAUGACUGAUAAUCAUAAUCAAUAUUAACAAUAUCUAACCAAGAUUGGUGGAUAUCAAACUUAUAUCAAACUCAACUUUCAACAAAAAGAGGAAAUACCCCAAAACCAUUUUAAAUGGUACACAUAUUGGUACACACACUUCUGGAGUGCCCAAAAUUUUGAUUGCGGCGCUUGGUUAAGAAAAACAUUAACUUCGAUAUGUCCAAAUUAAAAUAGGUUAGUUUGCUCUAAGAUAGAAGGACAACGAACAGCCAUUCAUACGUAAAACCAACUUUAUUCAGAACUAGAACGCCUUACCCGUCGUCCGACAAAGCCCAAACAUCGCACUUUUGCUCAGGUGCUGUCAGGCCCCGUAUUUGUAAAAUGGAACGCAAGCAUACCUACUCCCGACGCCCACUAGCGGGUCCCUCAAAACAGUGUAAUAGAUAUAAGUUGCUCUAAGAUAGAAGACUGACAGCAAAUGCUGCCAUUUUUAUACGUAAUAACCAACUAUUUUCAUCAAAACUAGAACCCCCUACCCAUUUGGCAAACAACGCACUUUAGCUCAGUAGCAUGGGUUGUGCAAAAUGGACCCCUUCAAAGCAAAUUAAAAUAAGCUGAAUUUUCUCUAUGAUGGAAGACUGGCAGUACAAGCAGCCAUUUAUACGUAAAGAUCCACUAUUUUUACAACUGGAACCUUCAUCAGUUGUGUGAAUGGUGAUAGCAGGGGUGUGCCAAACAAUUCUGCUGCCCAGGGCGAGUUUAUGAUAAUGAUGACCCUUAUACCUAACUUAAAAAAUAUUUAGAGGAAUUUGCAAACUAUAUUUGAUGUCAUACAUUAGAUUAAAUAAAUUAAUAGUCAAGUAAAAACGAAAGGAUUGGUUACUUCGACCAAGAUGGCAGACACCGGAACAUAGUAUAUGUACCAGGUUAGGCUACUAAGCUACUAUCUUAGUUCUACUAAGAGCUGGGGACUAGCCAACACAACCCCAAGGCCCCAACCCACC